AUGUUCAUUCAUAUGUGCUUACAUGCGCUUGGAAUGCCCGUUCGUGGCGACGGUAUUGCCAGUUUGAAUAAGUGGCGAGCGUACCGACUACCGAGUGCACAAAUGAAGAGUUUAACUGAGCUGCUUGUUGAUUCCAACGUGAAAGGCGAAAGCAGGCACGUCGAGGUCCAGCAGUUAAUUGACAUCCUUUCGAAGUUCGCACCGGAAGCACAAGAAAAUCCACUUAAGGAAUGUGUCACUUCCGCUGCCGAGGUGGUCAGCGAUGCUGGAGGCGUAAGGUACACGAUACCGGAUAGGGCACUUGUAUGGCGUUUCCUGAUACUUGGUGCCAUAGGCGGCUCAUACGAACGAGAUUUCAUCUCGAUUGGAAGGCUCAGUACGCGAGUAGUCAGCGCACUGUGCAGCAUCAUCGAAAGAGGUUGA